AUGGGCCUCAAGGUGAUGCCUGCGGGCGAGCAAGACGCCGCCCGGUCCGUGGCCAUUGAAAAGGUGGCGUACGGCCGCAACCCCAUCAGUCACAUUAUCCAUCCCGGCCCUGCUGCUGCUGCGAGCGAUGCUGCGGAUGCGGAUGCGGAUGCGGAUGCGGCCCGCGAGGAGGCGCUGCUGAAGAAUCUCCGCGCAGAUCCAGAGUCUUGUCUGUGGAUCCAGGCCGUGGACGAGGACCGGAUCGCGCAGGGCCAGCACGGCAUGGUCUGCUUCUCCAUGGGCUAUCUCUGGCUGUCGGCGCCGCAGCCGCCGCCCAAGAGAGUCUGGGGUCCCGGGUCCAACCCCGAGGCCUGCGAGCUCUUCUUUGGCGAGAUGACGAGGAAGUGGUUUGAGCGCAUGGGCAACAGGCCGCAUUUCUAUUUGAAGCUUCUUCAUACGGACCCAGCGCAUCAAAGACGAGGCGCCGCGUCCAUGCUGCUGCAGCACUUUGCAGACGUGGCUGAUAGCCACGGGCUGGAGUCGUAUUUGGAGUCCACAGACGAGGGUCGCCCGCUGUACGAAAAGUUUGGCUACGAGACGGUCGAAGUCAUGGUGACUGACUUUAGCAAAUGGGGUGGUCCGGACAAGUUUGAAAACUGCCUGAUGCUGCGAAAGCCGAAGACGGGUAUCAAGUAA